AUGAGCUUCCUUUUCGCGUCCAUGUACCACAGCAUGCCACUGACAGUGUGGGUGAUCGCACUGACGUUGUUAACCGUGUGCAUCUGGCAUGCGCGCCACGAUGCGCAGCAUGGCGUGCAGGAGUGGCACACUGUACUGCCGCUUUCUUGCAUGGCCGGAGUGGUCGUGUCCUCGUGCCUGGGGCUGGUGGCCUACAAGAGUUUCUACUCACAGUACUGGCUCUACCGAUCCAGCCAUUCGUACGUGAACGUGCUGCCCUCCGAACCGGCUGCGGGCUAUCUGGACGCCGGGAAGCUGGUCUUCGCAGAGGAAGCGCGCGUCGAUGCGAGAAGAGGCCUGGGCUUCAAGGACCGGUCGGUAUACUGCGUCGCGCCCAUCAUCGACGACUCGAAGCCCGACACGAUCCAGUUCUGGGCCGCCGGCCAGGACUGCUGCAGCGCUCGCGGGGACUUUGAGUGCGAUGAUGCCUGGGAUAGGAAAGCUCAUGCUGGCGUCGUGCUGCGAAGAGCUGCUCCAGAGUACAUGCAGGCGGUCAAACAGGCCAAAGCAGUCUACCGCUUGUCUACUCCGGUCGAGCCAGUCUUCGUGCAGUGGGUUGUGGACCCAGAGAAGGUGGAGGUCAACUACUGGCUGCUAGGGAACGGCGUCCUCAUCGGCUCGUGCCUGGUCUUCCUAGUCCUCUCUGGGGUCGUGAAUGUCAUCCUCCUGCCCCUGGCGAAGCCGCGGGAGGAGGUGCGCCAGCCUAUGGUGCGGCCCCCUCGCCAGGCAUACUGCUGA